ACUGACACUGAUCUAAUGACAAAACCCUCACGGGCCGUUAUCGUUUACCUUCGAUUAAUUAAUCACGUUUCCGCGAUAAUACUUCCGUUACGCUUUUGACAGCGAUGUCGAGUCAGUAGUUAACCAAAAUGUUGAGAGAAAUACAGCAGGUGUUGAGGCUGCUCGUGCUCCUGGGGAGGCAGAGACGACGGCGUGCUCUGACGGCUGCAGGGGGGCUCAGUGUUCUCCUGUGGACUGACUCAGGAACUUCUGUUCAAAGUGUGAACUGCACCGUUGCAGCCGCUGGUCCCUGGUGCACAGGGAUUAAAAUGAAAGCACUCCAACAUGUCCUCGCAGAUUUGAAGGAGAGCAUGUUCCCCUGUGCGAGGCUGUGUCCCGAGCCGGACCCUGAGGAGCUGUGUGCCUUCACUGAUCUGUACGGUUCCCCCAGAUUUCUCCUGUCCUUUCAGAUGAAAGAUGCAAGACUUUUCAAUCCAGAGUGGCAAGCUCAUAUAGAGACAUUCCUACGCAUAUUCAGCUUAGCUAAUGCAGAGAUUAAAAUCCACCUCAAAAUCAAAUUCAUCCAGCAGACCUUCCACCCAAAUUUCGGCGUGAAAAUCAAAAGUAAGGUUGCACAGUCAGGCGAAAGGUCAUUGAUUAUGGAUGUCACCUGUAACACACAGCCUCCACCGUGUGUGAAGAAGGGAUGCUGGUGCCGGGGAGGACACCCUGUCCUCGGAGACAGGCUGCCACUCAGUAUCCCACCACAAGUCAUGGAUCAGGGCCUGUACGGGGAGCUCAGCAUCCAGCCUGUCACACUCCUUAGCCCCUGUGUGCUGCAGUACCCUAAUCUGGCUACCCAGCUCACUCAUAUACAAGUUUUGGUUUACAGCCCCAGUAACGUUCCUGUUACAGGCCCCUCCACUUUCUUCCAGAACCUCCCUGCUCAACUGGGCUGUGAAGAACUGAGCCUGCACGGCUUUCACUGCUCCUCCUUUAAGGAUCUUGUGCUCAGUGGUGGCACUGUGUAUAAAGUAGAGCAAGAAAACUGGGAGGCAGAAUCAAGUCUUCCCACAAUGCAGCAGAUGCUCCGGCUCUUUCUCUUCCUGCAGCACAGUGACCCUUUCACCUCGCAUCUCCCCGAUGUGAUAGCUGCAGAAGCACAGAUAGAGCGCCACCUGGAGGAUAUUCUGAGCAACAACAGACAGGCAGUCACAACAGCCCUGCAGACUGAGCUGAAGAACACACUGAAAGCCCAGAAUCGCAGGAAAAGGGACCAAGAGAAGCUGCGCUCGGCCGCCGAGAUGAUUCUCAGUUCGUCCAUCAGUAUCGUGAGCUGCAGCAGUAACAUGGACUUCAGAAAUGCCUGUCUGAACUGCAUGAAGGUGUCUGACACUCGUGCACUGUCGGCCUCCCUUUGUGAAUCUCUGAGGAGGGUGACAUCAUGGAAAUUCACCCCCAGGGGCAGGUGCUACUCCGCUCAGAUGAAAAAGCAGCCUGAGUGUGAUGGGCCCACCAGGACAGAAAUCUAAGACUUUUUGUUUUUUCUUGAAAGAGUUUUUUUCUUCCUGUUUGAAGCCUCUGGUAGCAGUUAACGCUGGAAUUAAUAUUCGGGCAGCAGUGCAUGUUGUUACUGUGCUGGUGAUAAAAGAGCAAUUUGUUUAACCUCUAAUAAUAAAAAGACACUGUUGGCAUGAUACUA